AUGCGUUUCGAGCAAUGGCCCUGGUUAACCUACCUACGUCUCCUAAUCACACACCAGACAUUAUCAAAUGUUGUCAUUAGCAAUCAAAGCUGGGGUUUUAUACAACAUUGGCUCUUUCGCAAUCCUCCGAGUGCUUGCUGUUGCUUUGCUGCCGCCCUUGCAUCGCCAUCACCCUGUCUGUUCGACUGCGUUCUCUGCCUUCUCGAGCUCUUGCCUGCUCCAAAGGCGCCUUCGGAGCAACCCCAGCCGAUUUCUGGUGGACCGAGUUGGAAUCAAGGGUUACGAGCUCGUCCUUCCGCCUAUAAUUCGAAUCCUCCACCCCCGAUCCUCACCUCACCCAACCCGACCGCCGUCUGUAAUCGUUCUGGCGACACUGCCCCAACUUCUUCGCGAACCCAAGCUCUCGUCCCUUUCGUGAAUACUCUUGUGUGCGGCGUUUGUCUUGGAUGGCUCGUAGCAUGA